GAUUCCUGCCAGAAUCCGAAGACAUCCGAGAGACUGGUCUGUUUAGUUUCAGUUGGCACUCGUACCUCAAGUAAUACUCUACCUCAUACUCAUACUCACCCAUACCAUUGUCAUCCUAAUUUUCAUAUCGCGAUUGUCAUUUCCAUCUCAAAUUAUUUUAAAUAAAAUAAUUUUAUCGUUGCCUUUCAAAAAUAGACUCGUUCCUACGGAGCCGAAAAUUAAUCCACCGCCUCGCGUAUUUUCCGUAAAGUGGAGACUUACAUUGGACAUCAAAUAUUUAAAAAAAGUGACUGGUUUAAGUCUUAGUUGAGUGAUGUCUGCUAAAAUAAUACUGCUGAGUAGUUUCAUCUUCUUAAUAGGCGUCUGCAGUGGAAACCUAGAGUCUGAGUGGUGGGAAACCGCACAGAUCUACCAGAUAUGGACUAGAGCAUUUAAAGACAGCGAUGGUGAUGGUGAAGGUGAUCUACAAGGUAUACUCAGCAAACUUGAUUACAUUAAGGACAUUGGGGUCGACACCAUUUGCCUGAGUCCCAUAUUUUCGUCUCCCUUAAAUGAUUUCGGGUAUGACAUUUCAAAUUACACGGAUAUCAAUCCCAUUUACGGGGACAUCGAAGACUUUGAUCAACUGAUUGAAGAAACUCACAGGCGCGAUAUCAAAGUAAUACUAGAAGUCGUGCCGAAUUAUUCCAGUUCGGAGCAUGAGUGGUUCGAAGCAUCGGUAAAUCGUAUUGAUCCAUACAGUGAUUAUUACAUCUGGGCAAACGGAAGCGUCGAUGGAAAUGGAACUAAAAUACCACCGAACAAUUUGACCAGUAUGUGGAAUUAUGACAAAGGGUCAUCCUGGACUUGGAAUGAGGUCAGAGGUCAAUGGUACUACCAUAAAUUCAACGAAACAAAACCGAAUCUUAAUUUACACAGCGAGGAUGUUGUCAAAGAAAUAAUGGACAUUUUAGAUUUCUGGCUCGAGAGGGGAGUCGAUGGCUUCCAGAUUUCCAAUGGUGGAUUUUUUUACGAAGACCCAGAGGCGGAAGACGAGUCAGAUGAGGAGUCAGUGGAUGGAGUCGGUAACACGGAGGUUGCAAAUUUAAUAUCCGAAAUUCGGGAGCACACGGAAAACUGGACGGAGACAAACAAUUCAACGUCUAAGUUAUUACUCAUCGUGUCCGAAGACUCGGACGUAGACUUGAUAUCUUACUACGGUGAUAACAGUCACCUAGGCAUCGUUCCAUUUAAUUUUCAUCUCAUUACGAACGUCAGUGCGAACGACGGCGCCGAUGAAAUUAAGACUUUAAUUGAAAAUUGGCUUAAUACGAUUCCCGAUAAUCAUCCAACCAAUUGGCCGAUAAGUCAUCAAGAUGGUUCGAGAAUAGCCACAAGACUUGGAGAAGAACGCACUGAAGCGAUGCUGGUGCUGACGAUGUUGUUACCCGGGCAAGUCUACACUUACUACGGAGACGAAAUCGGCAUGAAGGACGCAGAGUUGCCAUGGAACGAGACAGUAAAUCCGACUCCUCGGCCUUUCACUCUGACAAAUAUCGUCGAGUUGUCUAAAUACGCCGGGAAAUCUCCCAUGCAAUGGGACAACAGCACUUGCGCUGGAUUUUCGGUUAACGAAACUGUCUACUGUCCCAUUAACGAAGAUUAUGUUACCAGAAACGUCGAGAGUCAACUCGAGGAUGCUCUCAGUACUCUGAAUACCUACAAAACUUUGGCGCAUCUUCGCAAAGAGACGGUAUUCCAACAAGGAGAUUGGAGUUUGGAGACGUUAAAUAACGACAAAGUUCUCUUUCUCAGAAGAUAUCUGGAAGACCAGCCUGAGUAUUUGGUGCUAAUUAAUUUCGGAAUGGAAGAAGAAACAGUUAACGUUACUGCUUUGGUAUCUGAAGCAAAUGAUUUAAGAAUGGUCUUAUCUACUAAUGAGCGAAGUCUGAUUGAACCAGACUCGGUAAUAGAAACGGUUAAUAUCGAAGUUUAUGAUGCAGUUGUUAUUGUAAAUUAUAUUAAUGAGACUGAUGUAACACCUCAAGAUAAUCAAACAAGUACUGAAGAUAACUUAUAUCUUGAAACCACUCCAUAUUCAUUAGAUGUAGAUGGUAUUGAUAACACCCCAGAUGUAACUAUGACUGCUGAGGAAAUAGACGAGAGCGACGAGACAGUGGGUGAUAUUGCGACAGAGCUUUCAGAAUCUACUGCAGUACCUGCCACUGGCAUGUCUCUAAUAGUUAAUCCAAUUACCACACUGUUGAGUACCUGUUGUAUCUUAAUACUAUUUAAAUAAAGCAACCAAUUUAAAUUCAAAUUCGAACAUACAUAUAUUUAUAUAUUUUUUAGCUAGAAUAUACUUUAUACAAUAAAUACAUUCCUCUCUUAAUUAACAUAUAUAUGCUAACACAUAAUUUCGACGGAUACUUUUCAUAAAACAGUCGCGUCUCGUUCACCGGGACAACUCGUUGGGAUAAGAAUAUUAAUGAAAACCGCGACGUCACUGCGUUAUUGAUUAAUAAUUAAUAUGUAAAAAUUUAAUUUAAUUGUUAAGUAUUAUUUUUUUUCAUUUUUAUGUUUAUAUAGAAAAACACAACCAAACAUUACGCAUUAAUGCAGUAAAAAAUGUACAAAAAUAUAACAAAAAGAUUAAAGAGUUGAGUUGAAUUUAAAAACUCUGGCACUAGCGAAUAUUCAUUUAUUUUUUUUUUUAGGUCUGAAGUAGAAAAGCAAAUUUUAUAUAUUUUCAUUCUCUUUGAAGUCGAAAAUUUUCUCUAACCUUAAUGAUAAAAAUUAUUAUUUUUAUAACAAUGAAUUAUUAAACUAAAAAAAAAAUAUUUAUUUCUAUCAACUGUCUACGGCACUCAUUGAUUGGUCUUUGAUCAAACGUAAAUAUAUUUUUAUCAAGUUUAUAAAUUACCCAAGUAUUAAUUUAAUAAUAGUAGUAAAUAUUAAUGCCAAGAGGUCUAUUAGAAUUGACUUUUAAUAAUUGAUAUUAAAUUUUAUAACGAUUCAGAUAAAAAGGCCAUCGCUUCGUUGGGUUGACUGUAAUUGCGUUCGAUGGAUUCGAGUCCUUAUUUAUAUUUUUUUUCUUUUUGUUUGCGGAUGAAAUAAAAAAAAAACGUACAUCGACUAUCUGACAUCAGAGAAACUUUGACGUGAAUGAUGAUUCAAUUUUCUGGGGCCUCAGAGGCUCUGCAGCGGGAAAAAGUAUUUCGAAAGAAAAGAAAAUGGGUUAAAUUUACGAGGGAGUUACUGAGGCGUACUAAAAACUGUCAGGCUUUUCAACAACUUUAAAGAUAUUGGAAAGUUCAUCGACGAGAGUUUCGUAGCGAUAGGCGACCCGGAUAUCGGGUACAUUUGUCCUCGUGAUGUCAUUCCCAGCGACUCCUUCCUUGGUGUAGUUUGGUCCCAGCCAGUACUGCUUGCUCUGCAACCCGUGAAAAAUUUUUAUAAAUAUUCCCGCGAUUAAAUUCAUCAGUUUCAUUUUAUCGUAACGAACCUUGUGAGGGAAACCGCUCAUUAUAACAGAGUUUCUGGCAAGCUCACACAUGUCGCAAGAACUCAGUUUCCAGACUUGCGCAGCGAUGCUGUACUCCUCCAUAAGAGGUUCCUGGAAACAAUAGAGAUGAAAAUGGAAUGAAAAAAAAAACCCGCAGUAAUUUAUAUUCAUUAGUUGACCAUAAAGCUGUUACUUAAUGAAUAGUAACGAACUUCAAAAGCCACUGGGUUUUGUAAAAAUACCUUUGUGAAGUGAAAUUGCAGAGGAUCGUCUGUAGAAAGACUGACACAGAGUCCUCGUGCGAGAUAUUCUGGCAGAGGGUUACGGUGGUAAUUUAGAAAGAGGGAAUUAUUGCUCAGAGGUGACAUUGCGAUUCCAAUCUGCGCAAGGUAGUAAAGAUACUGGAGCACUGGGACUUUACGGAGCAGUAGACCGUGUGAUAUAUUUUCUGCCAUCAUGAAUCCGCAGACGAGGUGCUGGAUUGGACCCGCCUCGCCGCAGUGAGGCCGCAGUACGAAUGUAUUGAGCCCUCGUUCACUGAAAAUUUAUAUUAUUGUUAUUAAUAUUUAUUGUUAUUGGUAUUUUUAUUUGCUGUUGUCGGUAACUUACGCUCGGAAGUGAUUGAGAACUGUCAUAUUGGCGUAUGUGUAAUACUGAUAGUACCCAUAGGGAGGAUUUUCAAUGUCAUUCCAUUCCUGAGGAGGCGAUACGUCUUUAUCGAAGAGUGGAUUUUCGGGUUUACUCUCGUCGUCAACGGAAUCAAAUCCGAUUACGUAUUGCAGGAAUUUGUGGAGGUCGGGGUGGGUCGAAGGAUCAUUUGUUACUUCGAAUAAGGGCAAGAAAAUGUUGUUGAUUAUUUGUUGGAAGUUACACAUCAACUUGUUUAAUUUAAAUAUGUCACUGUAAUAAAAUAUAUCAUUUAUUAAUAAA